AUGAGGAAAAAGGAAAAUGUAUGUUUUCAUCACGUGGGUGUAAGGACCCGGCUGCUAUGGAAACCACCGAGGGUGGUGGUGUUCAGUGCCUCACUGUCUGGAGAUCUGUCAGAGAUUGGGAAGAGGACCCUGGAGAUCCACCAUGGAGCUGAUCCAGAAGCAGGCCUCUUAGACAAACUUCUACAGCUGGGGGAGCAGAUCAUCAAGGAUGGAGUGACCCUGUUCAUGUGCCAGAGAGUGAUCCACCCUGUUCUGCAGCAGUACCUGGGAGAACAUGGCGUUGUGGUGGUGGAGAGGCUUGGCAUUGCGCUCCUGGAUCCAGUCAUCACCAUGACAGGUGCUCAGGCCAUGGCAACAUUCCAUUACCCAGUUCCUGCAGAGGCCUACGGACAGGUGAACGCACUGCAGAUACAGUGUUUUGGAUCUAGAAAGAUGCUUCACCUAAUACCCUCUGGGAACCCUGUGGUCUGUACCAUGGUGCUUUGCCACAGGAAUGAGACCAUGUUGGAUGAACUCAAGUUGGCAUGCGAGAAGGCAGCGCAUGUGUUGAGGCUGACCCUGAAGGAGCCAUAUGCAUUGCUGGGGGGUGGCUGCACUGAGACACACCUAGCUGCUUACAUUCGCCACAUGAGUCAGAAAAAUAUGCUGGAUGUUUCGACUGCACUAGGCUGCUCUCCCUCAGACGUCCUGCAGGGGGCAGAUGCUUUUUGUCGGUCGCUGGAAGCUGUGGCAUCAGCGCUUGAGCAUGACGGUGGAGACUCCCUAAUUGACCUGACACAUGGCCACCGUUGGACCUCCGCCUCAGAUGAAGGCAUGCAUAACAACACAACCCGCUCCUGUGGCUGUGGUUUGAUAUCGGACAGUACAACCUUGCAGUGGACCCACCUCAACACAAGAUACCCUGAUUUCUGUCCAUUUCCCCCAACAAACUCAGCUUCCCAGGGGUGUGUGCUAGACUCCUUUCUGGCAAAACUCAAUGCUCUGAAUGUGGCCAUAGAGAUGUCCAGUCUCCUCCUGGAGGUGAAGUACAUUAUUAGGGAUGUGAAUUAAGUGAUGGAGACACUGUGCAAUAUGUUUCACAACCACGGCUGUCUUAUGUUGAACAAUAUAGAGAUUUUAGAUCUAAUAAGACACCACUAAAGUACAUUAAUUUCAUAUCACUGUGUCAAAGGGGUGAACAGCACAGUUGUACAGUUGUAAGGAACUUAAUUAUAGCCUAUUGUAGCAUUUGGAAGCUUUUUGAAUACAUUAUGUGUUUUUUUUAACAACCUUUUCAUUCCGCCUUGUCGUUGAAACACUUCAGCAUAUACCAAGUUUCGUGUCAUCAAAAAGUUGCUCAGAUAUGAUCUUUCUGUCUGCAUCAUGAAUUACAAUACAAAUAUAAUGGAGAAAAUUACAUUUUUAAAGUUUUACACAGGAAAAGAUGUUCAGAUCCUUGUGCUUUUGAUUGGGGACUUAACACAGCGACCAAUCCUCUCACUGACACAUAGUACUCAUACCCAACAACCUAACAUAACAAAUAUAACAACUGCCCAACCAUAGAUCCUGAUCAGCAGGAUACAACAACCUACAUCAGUGAUUUAGCCCAUGACCCCUCCAGAAGGCUCAACAGUGGUUUCUGGGGUUCCAGGCCACGCCCCUCUAUCAUCAUCAUUAUUAUUAUUAUUAGUAGUAGAAGUAGUAGUAGUAUAGUUAGUAUAGUGCCUCUCAUCUGCUGACAAAUCUCAAAGCGCUUCACAGGUUAAAGACUAUGGUGAUGUUAUAAUUAAUAAAAUGCUUACUCAUAUUA